AUGCUGGGUUCCCAGGCGAUCGUUGCCUUCCAGAACCCGAACGGGACCAUGAACGUGUACACAACCCCUAUCAACAGCUACAACCCCUCCAUGAGGCCCGGGCCACUCAGCUUCGGGGUCUCGAAUGUCUCUGGUGUGUAUUCCUACAACGAGAUGACUAUAUUUGCGUCGGUGGGGCCUCUAGAGAACGCCACAGGCGUGAAUCACGUGUGGCAAGCAGGCGGGUCGGUCUCAAGCGGGGUUCCGUCGAUUCAUGCUAUUUCAGGGCCUAAUCUGCAAUCGAUGGGGAAGAUAGACUUUCUUUCCCCGUAA